CCCCGCGGCUCGGCGUCUUGCGGUCCGGCCGCCGCCUCCUGCUUCUCAGCUUCGUCGGGGUCCCUGCCCGACGACAGUGGCAGCACGAGCGACCUCAUCCGCGCCUACCGCGCACAGAAGGAGCGCGACUUCGAGGACCCCUACAACGGGCCGGGCUCGUCGCUGCGCAAACUGCGUGCCAUGUGCCGCCUAGACUACUGCGGCGGUGGCGGGGAGCCCGGCGGAGGCCAGCGCGCCUUCUCCGCCUCGUCCGCGUCGGGCGCUGCGGGCUGCUGCUGUGCCUCCUCCGGCGCGGGUGCAGCCGCGUCUUCGUCCUCGUCCUCGGGCUCCCCGCACCUUUACCGCAGCAGCAGCGAGCGGCGCCCCGCCACGCCGGCGGAGGUGCGCUACAUCUCCCCCAAACACCGCCUGAUCAAGGUGGAGAGCGCCGCGGGCGGUGCAGGAGAGCUCCCGGGGGGCGCCUGCUCCGGCGGCCGCACCUGGAGCCCCACGGCCUGCGGAAGCAAGAAACUGCUCAACAAGUGUACUGGCUCGGCCGCGGAGGAGACCGGAGUCGGCAAGAAGGACAAGGUGAUUAUCGCUGAUGACUACUCAGAUCCCUUUGACGCCAAGAAUGAUCUCAAGAGUAAAGCAGGAAAGGGGGAGAGCGCGGGCUACAUGGAGCCCUACGAGGCCCAGAGGAUCAUGACAGAAUUUCAGAGGCAGGAGAGUGUCCGGUCCCAGCACAAAGGCAUCCAGUUAUACGACACCCCUUAUGAACCCGAGGGCCAAAGCAUCGACUCGGACUCAGAGAGCACCGUCAGCCCCCGACUGCGGGAGAGCAAGCUGCCCCAGGAUGACGACAGGCCCGCCGAUGAGUAUGACCAGCCAUGGGAGUGGAACCGGGUCACCAUCCCAGCUCUGGCAGCCCAGUUUAACGGCAACGAGAAACGACAGUCGUCCCCCUCACCUUCCCGGGACCGGCGGCGCCAGCUUCGAGCUCCUGGAGGGGGCUUCAAACCUAUCAAACAUGGGAGCCCCGAGUUCUGUGGGAUCCUAGGAGAAAGAGUGGAUCCCGCUGUCCCGCUGGAGAAGCAAAUAUGGUAUCACGGAGCCAUCAGCAGAGGAGACGCCGAGAACCUGCUACGACUCUGCAAGGAGUGUAGUUACCUUGUCCGGAAUAGCCAGACCAGCAAGCACGACUACUCCCUGUCCCUGAAGAGCAGCCAGGGCUUUAUGCACAUGAAACUGGCCAAAACCAAAGAGAAGUACAUUCUGGGUCAGAACAGCCCACCCUUCGACAGUGUCCCAGAAGUUAUCCACUACUACACCACCAGAAAGCUGCCCAUCAAAGGGGCCGAGCACUUGUCCCUCCUCUACCCUGUGGCAGUGCGGACCCUGUGAGUGGACCAGCCCCGCCCUGCUCUGGGACAGGGCCCAGACUUGGAGGAGCCGGAGCCCCUGGCCGCUGUUGCCAGCCCUGUCCAGUUUGUGUCGUGUGUAUGGUACUAGCACACCACUGCAUGUCUCUAGAAUGCUGUUGCCACUGCGGGGGCUGGAGAAGGCCCGGACAAAGACAGAGGGAUGGCCUACAUGCCACCCCAGCCCCCACCCCCACCCCUUCCUCGAGUUUCUGUGAAUUAAAAUAUUUGCAAAUCCAAAGAGAUGCCUUCCCGAAUGAACAAAGGAGAGCAGCUCCGAGGGGCGGGGCAGGAACUCCCUGGGUCGCAGCUCUUUGUUCUCCAGCUGUCACGAAUUCACACCUGUGUAUGGGGCACAGUUUUCCCACCAGGGCCCCACUGGUGCUGGGAGCCAAAUGCUGGUGCUCCGAGAGCCCAGAAGGCCCCAGGAGUCCUGCCUCCCCUCUGGUGUGCAUGUGCGCGUCUGUGUGUGUGAGUGUGAGCACAUACGUGAGAGAACAUUGUCACACAAAGAUGUAAGCCCACUAAUCCAUUUUUAGUCAUUCAGUGUAAUCAUUAGAUCUUCAAGGAAUCAUUGUGCGGUCAAAAAGAGGAUUCAAUUAUUUAUGAAUAGGGUGUGUAAAUAAAAUAGUCAUUUAAUAUA